AUGGGACAACGAAAAAGAGGACGAUCAUUUGAUCGUACGCCCUAUGAAACAAAACGACGGCGAGUGAGGAGUCCAUUCGAUUUUCGCGGAUAUGCACUGUACGCAGAAGAACAGGCUCAAAAGUAUUAUAAAAACGGGAGUGAUGACGAGGUCAUGGAUGAAGACAGCGAACCUAAUGUGGAAGACAAGACAAUGCCAGUGGAACUUAAUUAUGUAGAAAAAAUGCUUGAUGCGCCAAUAUUAGAAGGAAAUGAUAUCAAACGUAUUGUAUGCAUGCUAGCAGGCUUACUUGACAGUGAACAAGACCAUGUAUGUUCACUUUUAAAGAGAAACGACUUUUUCCGCAGACAUGAUGUUUUGGUUCUAAUCACAGAAAAAUUAACGUCAACAUGUUGUGAUUCAGAAGAAUGGCUUGAAAAUAUUGUAAAACUUGUAAUUUUACUUACAGAACAAAAGGAUAUCAAGACAAAAUACACGAAGACCAUACUAGGACCACUCUCUCGGAUGGAAUGCAUCAAUAAUUCUAUAGCCAAGGACCAGAUAAGAGGGGCUAUUGAAAUAUUAAAAAAGAGAGAACAGCUUGAAAAUCUCAAAGAUGACAAUGAUAUUCCGUUCAUUCUGUCUAAUGAUAUAAAAGACGAGCUCCGAAGAUUAGUUUAUUGGCCGAUUUUACCAUCAGCACAAAUGAUACGCCAGAACGAAUCACUCCCGAUAUUACCUCGAAACUUAAAUGUGCCUUACAAAAGUCCCGCCCAUUACCUGAUUGAUCAGUUCAGUGUGUUUUUGGAAGAUUUUAUCGGGCCACUGCGCCGGGGGAUCCGAAAUUAUAUGGAAUAUGUCAAUUCGAAGGACACGCAGGGAAGGUUUAAAGACGAUAAUAUCCGGAUAUACAAAAGAAUACGUCUCCUUGACAACAAAUGUGUCCCCGGAUCAGGUGUUGGUCUAGAGGUGCAAUUUGACAUAAAGAUGUUCAAGAAGAUUCGUUGGGAAAGUUGUAAUUUUUUGCAAUACGGGAAUGUUGUGUGUUUAACCUAUGAUGACUGUUCUAACUUAGUGUACGCAUUGAUUGCAAAUCGUGAUCUAAAACAACUAACGGAUGGAAAAGUGUUGCUUAAAAUUCUAAACGAUGACGUCCAAAGUAUUAACAAUCUGCGAAAUGUUCAGGAAUGCCGCCUCGUUAUGAUAGAAAGUAAAUCCUUCUACAUGGUUUAUGAUCACACACUGAAGUCGCUACAGGCUCUUGCAUCUGCAAUGCUAGAGAAAAAUGAAAAUGUACCGUUCGCAAAGUAUUUGGUUCAUUUAAAACAGGACAUUUUGGAACCUCUUUACACACGCAAAAAAAAUUUUGAUAUGAGACUAGCAGACUUUGGAUGCCUGUUGCGAUAUGGAAAACAAAAAUCAAAAACCUCUUAUGAGGAGGUUCCUAUACUCAAUGUGGACAAGUGGCCAACAUUGGAAGAAAUGGGCCUUAACAAAGAUCAAUAUGAGGCGCUUAAAAAAUGUCUGACAAAAAGAAUUGGUAUUCUACAAGGUCCCCCUGGAACGGGUAAAACAUGGAUGGGAUUACGAAUAAUGGAAUUCUUACUUAGCAACAAAAGUAGAUUUGAAAAAAGCGGCAGUCGACCUAUAUUGCUUCUCAGUUACACCAACCAUGCACUCGAUCAGUUCUUUGAAAAAUUACUGGAUUCAAAAUGUCUUCAAUUUAUGUUUAGAGGAAAGGAGUGGCCUUUUGUGAGAGUAGGUGGUAGAUGUGCAAACGAGCAAGUUAAAAAAAUUAUGCUGAAAGAAUACAGAAAACAGGCACGAUACUGGAGUGAUAGCAGGAGACAUGUACAAAACUCCACCAAAUGUGUCAAGUACAUUGAUACUUUUCUUUCCUAUCUACUAAAGGGUAUCAUUUCAACGACGUUUUUAAAGGAUGAAAACAUAAUAUCCCCCCAACAUAUUUGGUCGUUGGAAAAAAAAUUCAGUUUUCAUGAGAGGUUUGUUCCGUGUAAAGAAGCUAUUAUUAUUUCUUGGUUAUACAUACCAAAUGCACCAGUGGGUUUCCAUGGAAAUGUGGCCCAAGCACCACGUGAUAUAGAAAUAGAUGACUUAUUUUUGCAAGAAAAUCAAAAAAGGAUUCUUGAUGAUGACGAUGAUAAUUUUGAGAAAGAAAUACUUGACGCUAUUCUCCCUUCUUUUGUGCUUUCAGAUGAUCACCUGUUUCCAGAUGAUGUGAAAGCAAAUUGGAACAUUGAUCAGUUCUGGAGCCAAGUUCCUUAUAAAGUACGCAGUGCAAUGUUGUCUUAUGUUCAACAAAAUCUGCGAAACAAAGAUGAUAUCAUGCCGAUUCACAUUGCCCGCCGAAUUCAUAACGUAUGGAAGCUAGAUCUUCGCGAACGCUGGAAACUUUAUAGGUUUUGGAUUCAUCAAGUAUCAAUGAAAUAACAAAAUCAAAGGAAGAAUUUAAUUUCUCAUUUCAGCAGGAAAAAUCAAGAUGAUCGCCAGGAACGCUUUAAACGUGAUCUUUCUAUUCUGGCCUCAUGUCAAAUGAUAGGAAUGACUACGACUGGUGCGGCGUCUAAUAUGGCACUUCUGAGAGAGAUUCGACCUCGAAUUGUGGUCGUAGAGGAAGCUGCUCAAGUUCACGAGCAGCACAUUCUUGGCUGCUUAACAAAAGAUUUGCAGCAUUUGAUUUUGAUCGGUGACCACCAACAACUGCGCCCGACAAUGAACAACUAUGAUCUUAGAUGUCAAUAUAACACAGAUGUCUCUUUAAUGGAGCGACUCGUCAUGAAUGGUUUUCCAUUUCAAUGUUUGACACAACAGCAUCGGAUGAGGCCAGAAAUAUCAUGCAUGUUGAAUCCAGCAAUUUAUUCAUCUCUUCAAGACCAUUUGACUGUUUUAGAGUACCAGGAUAUUAAAGGGAUAAAUCAUAACAUCUUUUUCAUUGAUCAUCAAAAUCCAGAAAACCAACUGAACCAUUCUACAAGUUACACAAAUGACUUUGAAGUUGAAAUGAUAGCCAACCUAUACAAAUACCUAAUUUUGCAGGGUUAUUCAAACUCCGAAAUAACAAUUUUAUCUGCUUAUAAUGAUCAAGUGAGAAAGAUAAGAAAGAGAGUUUCUGAAAUUGCAUUAGAAUUUGUGAUAGGAAGAGAGUUCUCUACCCAAAGAGUUCAUAUCACGGCUGUUGAUAACUUCCAAGGAGAGGAAAAUAGAAUAAUCUUGUUAUCGCUUGUUCGUAGUAACGAAGACUGCAAAUUAGGGUAUCUAGGAGAUCCGCAAAGAAUCUGUGUUGCAAUUUCAAGAGCUAAGGAAGGAUUUUAUGCUAUCGGAAACUUUCAGAUGUUAUAUAAACGCAGAAACCAUCUUUGGAUGAAAAUAAUCACAAAAGCAAAAGAAAAAGGUGUCCUUGGGAAAAGCUUAUCAUUAGUGUGUAAAAAUCACCCCCAAAAGAUCACCAGCGUUUCAUGUCCAGAGGAUUUUGAGAAUGUCAAAGACGGUGGAUGUGAUGAGCCUUGUGCUACUCACCUUCAGUGUGGUCAUGUCUGUGAAAGAAAGUGUCAUGCAGACUACUCGAUUCACAAACUCCCGUGUCAGAAAAUAUGUUUAAAGAGAUGGUGUAAAGAUGGACAUCUGUGCCAGAAAAAAUGCUAUGAAGUAUGUGGACCAUGCAUGGAAAGGGUGAAAAAGAAAUACCCUACUUGUGAACAUAAAGUAUGUGUUCCUUGCUCAGAAGAUCUAAGCGAUCGUCCUUGUCCAGCAAAGUGCACCAGACAACGUGAUUGUGGUCAUCCUUGUACACUGAGAUGUAGUCAAAACUGUAAUGAACAUCCAUGUCAGGUUGUGGUGCAAGUUACACAUCCAAUCUGUGGUCAUGAAACAAUGAUCAGAUGUUCUGCAAAAGAUAAUUUUUCCUGUCAAAAUGAAUGUCGGGCAAUUCUUUCUUGUGGUCAUUCUUGUCAGGGUAACUGUCAUAGAUGUUCUAAUGGAAAAUCACAUAUUCCUUGCAAACAAGUGUGCUCUCGAAAGUUUGUAUGUGGGCAUGAUUGUGAACUCGGUCAUCCCUGUUCGAGCUUGUGUCCUCCUUGUGAGAUUGUGAUAAAAGUUACACAUCCAAACUGUAGUCAUGAAUCAAUGAUAAAAUGUUCUACAAAGAAUAACUUUCCUUGUCAAAAGGAAUGUCGGGAAUCUCUUUCUUGUGGUCACUACUGUCAGGGAAGUUGCUAUAGUUGUUCAAAUGGACGAUUACAUAUCCCUUGUAAGCAGUCGUGCUCACGAGUGUUAAUAUGCGGGCAUGAUUGUAAAAUUAUUCAUCCUUGUUCGAGAAUGUGUCCUCCCUGUACCCAAAAGUGCGAAAGAAUGUGUGAACAUAGAGAGGGGUGUCCCCGUUUGUGUGGUGAAACAUGUGAGCCAUGUACGGAGAAGUGUAAUUGGAAAUGUAAUAGGGAAUGCAAAAAUUCGUUCAAGUGUUCUAAACAGUGCUUUGAGGAUUGUAAUAGGCCUCCGUGCAGCAACCGCUGCAAGAAGACUUUAAAAGACUGCAAUUUUCGACACAGGUGCUCCGGCAUAUGUGGGGAGACAUGCCCUAGAUUCUGCAAACGAUGCAACAAGGAUCAACUACAAGAAAUGUUCUCUGAAUCGAAACAAAACGAAAAAGCGCUUUUUAUCGAGCUUGUAGACUGUGGGCACAUAUUUGAUCUGGACGCUAUGGAUAGACACAUGCAGUUUGAGUCUUCUGAUGAGUCUAACAAAGAAAGGCAAGUUGUUUUAAAAAAGUGUCCGAAAUGUUCCACUCCUAUAAAGAGAAGCAAUAGGUACAGAAAUAUCAACAACCAAAUAUUUCGUGACCUUGAAGGUGUGAAAAGAAAAAUUGAAAAGGGAGAGAUUAAUAUGUUUCAUAGCAAAUAUUGGAACAUUGAAUCAUUCCAAGAGAUGACAACUCGCGUCCCGAUCUUUGUUAAAAAAUGCAUCGAAAGUCUGAUGCCCAAAAAGUGUGAGAAUGUUUUUGUUCGAACAUUACUCACCUAUUUUAUUUCAAAAGCAAGGCCAAGAUUGAGAGAGCUUCAAAAAGCAUCAAGAGAACCUCCGCCUGAAAUAAAAGAAGCAUAUUCAGUCAUAGUAAAAUGGAUUCGUUGUCAUUCCAACAUUAUGUUUACAGAUGGUGAACUUAGGCAAUUUGCAAAUGAGGUGGAGAGAUGCUUGUUAUAUUCAGAUUUGAUUUUAAUGAAACGUGAUUUUGACGGCAAUGGUUUAAAAAACAUUACUCAAACUGACAAAGAACUUCUUGAGUGUCAAAUAAUCCAACUGAAAUGUAUAGAUGGGAGAACCUUUGAAUUGGAUGACAUAGUAAGAGCAAAGUUGUUGUUUGAUGAGUUGAGGAGAAAAGAGGCUAUUUCUUGUUCGUGGAUUUCUGAUGGAGAGCGAAGAAUCAAUUUGAAAAAUGUAGCGUGCACAAAGCAAGGCCAAUGGUACAAAUGUACAAAAAGCCAUAUCUACAGCAUUGGUUUUUUCGUCGAUACCAGUGACGAACCACAAUGUCCGGAAUGCCGUUUAUCGAUAAAGAAUUCUAAUCAGUGCAAGUGUGACGACAAAGAAAAAGAUGGCGAACUAGACUGUGCCCCACGAAGUUUGGAUUCCCCACCCCCACCCCGGACAUGGGGAAUGUUUCUUAAAAUUCAAUGAUGAUUGUUGUUUUCUGGCCAACGAUGAAAAUCAUUGAAAAUGUGAUUUUAUGUAACUUUAAUCCAUCUA